UUGUGUACAACAAGGACUUACAGGAGACUAACAAGAAGGUGUUUGAUGUGUUCACGUUGGUGCCGUCGAAAUCGCGGGAUUUUAGUAUGAUUACAGCUUUUGAUAUGUCCAGGAAGUUCAACAAUUACUUGAUGGAGGAUGGAACGGUCAUGCAGGAGCUACCCAACUCCUACAACAGGUUCAAGCCGAUCGCAAACGACAUGUUCUGUAUCGACAUCGCCCUGCCGAAUGGAAGAACUAUCCAUGAGCCACAGUUCAGGAUAUGGACCAUCCCCACUCCGGUGCCGGAAGACGAAUUUGUGUCGAACAGCGCCUUUCUUGUUACUGGUUUCCUCGUAUCCAGCGUGUUCUGAUCCUGGUCCUCGUGGUGUACUGCCUGCUGCCAGAACUACGGAACCUGUGCGGCAAGAUCCUCAUGGCUUACGUGGCCUGUCUGCUCGCCACCUUCCUUCUGUUCGCGAUGCUGGACUUCAUCAGUAUGGCUGAUCAGAAUACGGAGAUUAUCUGUCUUAUAUUUACGUUCCUGAUUCAUUAUUUCUGCUUAGCAUGUUUUUGUUGGAUGAACGUCAUGUCUAUUGAUAUCUGGUGGACAUUCAGAGGCUACGCUAAAGCUCGUCCUAUCCACCGACGAGGAGAGACGUUCAAGUUCCUUAUGUAUUGCUUAUACGCAUUUGGCAUGCCUCUAAUAUUAACUAUUGGGAUGGGAGUCAUAGACAGAAUGGAUUUGAGGCAUAUCCCCUGGUUCAUCAAACCUGACAUUAAUGGGACAGGAUGCUUUUUAGAAGGUAGCGGCAAAUUCAUGUACCUCUAUGUGCCGAUGUUGGUCAUAAUUGUCAUGAAUUGGGUCCUGUUCCUCAUGACCUCGUUCAAUAUCUGGCGCCUCAGCCGCGGCACUGCUGUGCUCGACUCACCUGCUGCUGGGAACCCCUCUGCUCAUAGAACACAUCGUCACAGAUUCAUGCUGUACCUGAAGCUCUCCGUGAUCAUGGGCGUCAGUUGGGUGCUGGAAGUCCUCAGUGCCCUGUCUCCAGAAUACCGUGCUUGGUACCUCAGCGACGCUUACAACCUCCUCAUGGGCUUCUUCAUCUUCCUUAUAUUCGUCUGCAAGAAGAAGAUCAUUAAGAAACUUGAGAAGAGACUAUGUUCCACACGCACGCAAUGGUCUCCGAUCUUCACCAAGAGCCGUUCCACCAGCGUGUCUUCCGAUUCCUCAGACAGCCAGGACACAACUUCACAGAUCUGCUCGAGCCCUUCUGGGGCUAGUUAUUAUAAAGCGUAAAAACCGUUGGGGUGUAUUUGAAGCUGGCUUUGAGGCUUCGAUAUGUUGUGUUAUAGCACAGAAUAUAAAUAAUAGUACUAGUACAGAAG